GAGUAUUUGAGUUGAUUGCACUCACUAACUGUCCCGAGAACAUGAAUUCUCUUCUCUCUCGCUUUUAAGCUCCCUUAGCUCAUACUACUACUUGCUCUUGGGUGAUGUGAGAGUGAAGUAGGUGAAAAAGUUGGUCUUGAAACACUGAAUUGGAAGUAGAGGGCGUUAAGAUAUAUGGGUACCGCAGAAAUCAAGUCGCCUGAAGAUCUGCGUGAGACACCAGCUAUUUUGGAUGGAAUUUCAGAGUCUGUUCACAGAAAGAAACUGGGAGUGUUUUUUAUUGAGUCUGACAAUAGGCGGACGGCUUUUGGGCGUGGUUAUACUGGGGGAACAACGCCUGUUAACAUCCAUUGGAAGCCUAUUGCUGAUCUCUCAAAGACGGGUGGAUGGAUUGCCGCCUUCUUUAUUUUUGGAAAUGAGAUGGCAGAACGAAUGGCUUAUUUUGGCCUCUCAGUUAACAUGGUGGCCUUUAUGUUCUAUGUUAUGCAUAGACCCUUUUCAAGUUCUUCAAAUGCAGUUAACAAUUUCCUUGGAAUAUCUCAAGCGUCCUCUGUCCUUGGUGGUUUUCUAGCCGACGCUUAUCUUGGUCGAUAUUGGACAAUAGCGAUUUUCACCACAAUCUACCUUGCGGGUUUGACAGGGAUAACUUUAUGUGCAACUAUGAAAAUGUUUGUGCCAAAUCAAGAUCAGUGCGAUCAGCUGUCCCUGGUUUUAGGUAGCUGUGAGCCUGCAAAACCAUGGCAGAUGCUUUAUCUCUAUACCGUCCUUUAUAUAACUGCUUUUGGAGCCGCAGGUAUAAGGCCCUGCGUCUCUUCUUUUGGGGCUGAUCAGUUUGAUGAAAGAAGUAAAGAUUACAAGACCCUCCUGGAUAGAUUUUUCAACUUCUUUUACCUCUCUGUUACUACUGGGGCAAUUGUGGCAUUCACUUUGGUAGUCUACAUUCAGAUAGAGCGUGGAUGGGGAGCUGCCUUUGGUUCAUUAGCCAUAGCUAUGGGCAUAUCCAACAUGUUAUUCUUUGCUGGUACUCCUUUAUACAGGCAUAGGUUGCCGGGAGGCAGCCCCCUGACGCGAGUUGCUCAGGUCCUGGUUGCUGCAUUCAAGAAGCGAAAUGUUCCUUUUACUAGAAGCGAGUUCGUAGGCCUUUAUGAGCUCCCUGGCAGACACUCUGCUAUAAAGGGUAGUGGAAAGAUACCUCACACUGAUGAUUUCAGGGGCUUGGACAAGGCAGCUCUCCAACUGAAGGAAGAUGGAAGCAAUCCAAGUCCCUGGAGGCUUUGCACAGUGACUCAAGUAGAGGAAGUGAAGAUACUGAUAAAACUAAUACCUGUACCAGCUUGCACGAUAAUGCUCAGUGCUGUAUUGACAGAAUUUUUAACUCUCUCGAUACAGCAGGCUUAUACUUUGAAUACCCACAUCGGUAAACUGAAACUCCCAGUAACAUGCAUGCCUGUAUUCCCUGGCCUCAGCAUAUUUCUUAUACUGUGUCUCUAUUAUUCUGUAUUUGUUCCUAUAUCCCGACGUAUCACUGGUCAUCCUCAUGGUGCCUCUCAGCUUCAGAGAGUAGGCAUAGGCCUGUUCAUUUCGAUCUUAUCUGUGGCGUGGGCUGGGGGUUUUGAGAGGUUUCGAAGAGCCUACGCCAUAAGUCAUGGGUACGAAGUUAGUUUCCUAACUCCUAUGCCGGAUCUAAGUGCGUACUGGUUGCUGAUCCAAUACUGCCUGAUUGGUAUAGCUGAAGUAUUUUCCAUAGUAGGCCUACUGGAAUUCCUUUAUGAGGAAGCUCCAGAUGCAAUGAAGAGUAUAGGCUCUGCAUAUGCUGCUCUAGCAGGUGGCUUGGGUUGUUUCGUUGCCAGUAUAAUAAACAGUAUCAUCAAAUCUGUAACAAGGAACCCAGAGAAUAGGCAGCAGUCGUGGCUAUCUCAGAAUAUAAACACCGGAAAAUUCGAUUACUUUUACUGGCUGCUUACAGUUCUUUGUGUAAUUAAUUUCUGCAUAUUCCUGUACUCAGCGAAUAGGUACAAGUACAGGACAGAGCAGGCUUUGGAGGUCAGGGAAACCAAACAGAACAUCCCAGCUGAGGAUAGCUAAACAGAGGUCAAGUCAUUGGCUGCACACAUGAUAAUUUCCCUUUAUUUGAUAAUCCUCCUCUGUAAUGUUUUCUAGUUCGAUGACGGGGUCGUUUUUGCAAUGGAGCAAAUGCUCUAAAAACACAAGUUCCACAGUUCUAUUCUGCUUCAAGUUUCUGAUCCUUAUCAAUUAUAUAUGAUACAGCAUGAAUGAUCUGGUACUUAA